AUGUUAACAUAUUUCUCUCGCAUUUAUUCUUUAGCGGAUAUCAUAUCCUGUGUGGAAUUUAAUCAUGACGGAAAUCUUCUGGCCACUGGUGAUAAAGGUGGAAGAGUUGUUAUUUUUCAACGGGAUCCACUGUCCAAAUUAUCUAUACCAAAACGAGGUGAAUAUAAUGUAUAUAGUACUUUUCAAAGCCAUGAACCAGAAUUUGACUAUCUGAAAAGUUUGGAAAUAGAGGAAAAAAUCAACAAAAUUAGGUGGUUAAAACGAAAAAAUCCUGCUCAUUUCCUUCUGUCUACGAAUGAUAAGACAAUUAAGUUAUGGAAAGUGUCAGAACGAGAUAAGCGGAUUGAUGGUUAUAACCUUAAAGAUGAUACUGGUCACAUGAAAGAUCCACUUUCAGUAACUAGUUUGCGAGUUCCAGUUGUUAGGCCUAUGGAAUUAAUGGUAGAAGCUAGCCCUAGGAGAAUUUUUGCAAAUGCUCAUACGUAUCAUAUAAAUUCCAUUUCAGUAAAUAGUGAUCAGGAAACUUAUCUCUCUGCUGAUGACUUGCGUAUAAAUUUAUGGCACUUAGAAAUCACAGACCAAAGUUUUAAUAUUGUUGAUAUUAAACCUACAAAUAUGGAGGAACUUACUGAAGUUAUUACAGCAGCUGAGUUUCAUCCUUCUCAAUGUAAUGUUUUUGUGUAUAGUAGUAGUAAAGGAACUAUUCGUCUUUGUGAUAUGAGAGCAGCUGCACUUUGUGACCAGCAUGCCAAAUUGUUUGAAGAGCCAGAAGACCCAACAAAUAGGAGUUUCUUUUCGGAAAUUAUCUCAAGUAUAUCGGAUGUAAAAUUUAGUAACAAUGGACGUUAUAUAAUUUCUAGAGACUAUUUAUCUGUUAAAGUUUGGGACCUCAACAUGGAUACUAAACCUAUAGAGUGCUUCCAUGUGCAUGAAUAUCUAAGAUCAAAGUUAUGUAGUUUGUAUGAAAAUGACUGUAUUUUCGACAAGUUUGAAUGCUGCUGGAAUGGUUCUGACGGUUACAUUAUGACUGGUUCAUAUAAUAAUUUCUUCCGAGUUUUUGAUCGUCACACUAAACGAGAUGUAACGUUAGAAGCUUCCAAGGAGAUUGCAAAGCCUAAAACUGUUCUUAAGCCUAGAAAAGUAUGCACUGGUGGAAAGAGAAAAAAAGAUGAAAUUAGUGUUGAUUGCCUUGACUUUGGCCGGAAAAUUCUUCAUACGGCAUGGCAUCCGCAAGAAAAUAUAAUUGCUGUAGCUGCAACAAAUAAUUUAUACAUAUUCCAAGAAAAAUUGUAGUACAGUUUUUUAAACUUGUAUUGAACUUGACUGGGGUCUGAAACACGAGCAGUUGAAAGUGCCCGUGUGCCAUUUCUCAAAGAAAGCAGUUGCAGGAAUCAUCUGCUCAGUAAUAGUGCCACGAACUGUUAAAAAUGAAACUGCUAUCACAAAGAUAUACAUGUGAGAAAUUUCCUUUCACUCUGAGCAUCAAGAUUUUAAAGGUAAAGCAAAUCUCUGAUCUAAUGGCUGUCUACUCAUAAAUACUCCUGCUACAUCAUUUCGUGUACUGCGUUUCACCUGAUGUGUUAGUGUGUCCUUGUCACAAUAUGAAACGUGUGACGGUGAGGAUUUAGCCUCAAGUGGACAUUGUUUAAUAAAUGACCUGUACAUAAGAUAGUAGGCAGCAUCUUGCUGUAUAUUUUUACUGCAAUUUAAGGAAGAAAAAUCCUUUUUUGCUUGCUUCUCAAUAAUUUGUUCAGAAAAAUAAGCAAAAUGAGCAAAAUACUGAUUGUGAAAUCUGCCUUUUUUACUAAACGAAAUCAAUGUUUUUCAUAAGCAAAAGUUGCCUGUGGAAUUUUUUUAUACAGAACUGUCUGAACUACUUUCUAAGUUUAUAGAAGAAACAUUCAUUUUUAGAUGUAUUGUGCGAAGUUGUAAAAAUAAGUCAUUAUUUUAUUAUGUCAAAAUUCAUAGCAUUGAACAUCCAAAUCUUCUUUCAUCUGUAUUCUACAAUUGGUGAAACUCAUAUUAUUAGGAACUUUGUAUUGUGCAUGUUUGAUAAAUAUAAAUUAGGAAAUAAUGUGCCUUUGGGUGACAUGUUUGAGUAAACAUAUGAUUUUUGAUGUGUAAUAAUUACCAGGUAUUCUAAAUAUUUUAAUGCUAUUUGCAUUUUGUAAACUUUUGUAGAUAAUUUAUCCAUAAAAAUAAAUGCAUUAUAGUUUAAUUUUAAUUUAUUGUUUGCUUCUAAUGCAAUUUACAUAUUUUUAACCUAUACAUUGCUCUGUCAAUAGUUGCAUGUGUGAGGCUUGUACCUAUGUAUUUUCUCUUUAAUCUGGUAAGUUUAAACUUUGGCUUUUAAUUCAUACGUAUUUAAAUGCAAGCAACCGUUAUGUACCUUAAUAUGAAGUGUAAACUUUGUAAAAUAUAAAACUUAAAUUUUUUAGAAUGUUGAAGACACAUAGUGGUUUUUUACGUUUAAAAAAUGAAAAUGAAAUUCCAAUGUUUAAAAUGUCCUGAUUAAAGUUCAAAUAUGUUCGUAUAAAUGUUAUAUGUGCAACAAUGAAUUUUUUAUUUUCAACAAUGUACAUUGUUUUCUAGAAAAUUCCAAAGCAGUGUUAUAAUCCUUCCAUGUAAGUUACUCAUCCUGAGUUUUUUUUCCGUUUCACAAUACAUAAAAAUGUUUGCUAGCAUUAAAAGUUUUUUCACCUAAUAGGCGAUGAUGAGUCAAAUUAUAUCAAUAAGCCUUGCAUAAAUCUUAAGAGAAGGGAAUUUACAAGUUUCAUCUGUAGAUUUUACUUAAGUUUUGACAUUUUUUAUUAUAAUAUAUGUAUAUAUAAUAUUUUAUUCCAGUUUUUACAUAAUGAAUUUUCAGGAUUUUUUUAAUAAGAUUUACUUAUAAACUGUUAUAAGUUGUAAAAUUUUCAUUUAUUUUUAGUCAUGUACCCAAUGUUACUUUUAUGUAUUGUGUUUCAUUAAGAAUUAGUAUCAUUUGUUUCCACUUUUCAUUUGACUAAUGAUACUUGUUAUAAUAAGUAAACAUUGCCUUUUUUAGCAAUGGAUUCAUUGUGUAGUAUGUAUUUCCAAUUCAUUAAAAAAAAAGCAUCAAAUAAUAAGUGCACCUUUUACCCAGACGAUUUCUAGGAUUCAUUUCGGUUGUUUUUGGAAGGGAUGGAGAAUUAUAGACAUUAUUUGCAGCUAUUCGUAUUUGGUUUCCUUAAUGAUAAAAUGUGGACUUUUCGGUCUUCAGUUCUCAGUGCCAAGAUGUUUGUAUUAAAUGUUGCAGUUUGUAUCGUUAUUAAUUGUGGUUGCUCAAUGCUAUGAAUUUUUUUUUUGCAUCAUUUAAUGUAUGAAAUAUCAGUUUUGUUUAUAUUUAUAAUAUUAACUGUUUUAUUUAUUUGAAAUCUCAUUUGUUCCAAAUAAAAACCAAAAUCAUAAAUAAAUUAUAAAUGUGUUGACAAUCAAAUUAUUACCUUUGAAACUGUCAUCAGUACUUUAUUGUAAAUUUUAAAUAUUGACAACUAAUUACGUAUAGUAUAGAUUGUUUGGAAUUUAAGGCUAACAGUUGCCUUUAAGUGAGACAAAUGCAAUAAAUUUAUUUUUUAACUUUCUGGAAUUAAAACGUAAGUUUUCACUAUGAAUUCUUUUUCUUUUUUCUGUGCCUAAAUUACAAUCUUUCUGUUAAAUUAUCUACAAAAAAAGAAGAAAGUAAAUUUUUUUAUUCUGUAAUACAAAUUUGUGUUCAUUUUGCAGUUCUUAUACUGUUAAAUCCCUAUUAAAUUUUAGGAGCACAUUCUACUGGUAGAACCUAAUUGCACAUUCUUGUAUGAAAAUAUAUUUUUUAUAAUAAACAAAAUUUUUUUCUCUUUAGUAUAAGCAUGUACAGUUGAACUUCCACGUAUCGUAAUUUUCUAAAUAUCAAACUUUUAGCAUAUCUCCAUGUACAUUACAUAGAAGAACUGCUUAUAGAACUUGAAUUAUAUGAUAUAGAUCUAAUUCUGUGUCUGAAAAUAGCAGUCAACUUAGACAGGUGGUCAACUUUGCUGGUUCUACUGCAUAUCGAUUUCUUUUCUGGCAAUUUUGUUUUUUCAAUACAUGGAGGUUCGACUGCAUUACAAAAGUUCCUAAUGCAUGAAGGGAAUUCGUUGUUUUUUUUAAAAGACAUACUCAAACUUUUCAGAACUUUUUUGAAAUUAUCCUUUUAAUUAUUUAGAAUGUACUAUGACAAGUUUGUUUACUAUAAGUAAAUUUGCAUAUGAAAAUUAAUCAGAAGUUUGAUUUUAAUGUCAAACCAUUUUCUGAUUAUAAUUGUUAGGCUCAAGAGAUCAUUAAGCUACUGCUUAUACUAAGUAUUUUUAUCUUAUACCCAGGGUUGGGUUUUGGACUGUCCAAAACUGGCUUAGGAUAGGAUAGGUGGUUUUUAUCAUCCAAAAGUGUCCGAAACUGUCUUAAACUCCAAAACUAUGCGAAAGCUAAUGGGGUGUAAUCUAAUCCAUUCAUAAUUGCUGCAAUGUUCGUAAUGCAUAAGUAUAGAUAUUGAUGAGGCUUAAUGAGCAUUUGAUAAUAUUUUUAUGCAAGAUGUUCAUUUAAAAAAUAAUUCACAACACUACCAAGACAACUAAUUUCAGUUCCAUUUAUAACUCAAAGGAAUGUUAUUAACUGUGCAAUAUUAGGUGCAAAAAAGGCUUAAUUUUUUUAAUGGUUUUUGCAAAUAAGUUUUACAUGAUGUUUAUAUUGAAAAUUAUUUUUUAAAUCAUAGUUAAAGAACAAGAAAUUGAUGAUUAAACAAUUAUAUUUUAGAACUUA